UUUUCUUCAUCUUCUUCAUUCACAUACAAAUCUCAAACCUUUUUUCUGUUCUCUCUCGCUGACUGACCCAUAUCAGUCCUUGUACAGUAACCAAAAAUCCUCACAGAAACCCGUUGUCUUUGUUUUUUCCGCUCGAGCUUUCAUAUUUCUUCUUAAAUUAUAUACUCGGGGUUUCUUCAAAUCUUCCAUCCAUUACGCUUCACAGGCCAUGGACUUGAUUUCAGCUGUUGAAGAGUUACACAAACUUAAUUCGUGGGAGCUUAACAAACUGCUUAGGGAGUCGAAUAAUCUCACUAUAAAAUGGUGUAGUGAUAAAGGGCAAUUGGUUCUGAUUGAUAUGGAAAGACUUGCAUGGUCACUCCCUUUGCACCUUAUUGCAGUGCUUGUCUCCCCUGGUGGGGAUGAAAUGCGCUUGAGAUACUUGUUAUGUGGUUGUCGCCUUUUGCACUCUUUAGUUGACAUUGCAGCUCGGCAUACUAAACUCGAACAGAUAUUGUUCGAGGAGGUGAAAGUAACCGAGCAGAUUAUGGACUUGGUAUUUUAUUUGCUUGUUGUUCUUGCACGUUAUGAGAAGGGAAAUCAAAUUUCAGAGUUCCUUCCUCUUCUACAUUCAACACUUGUGGCUUGCAGUUUCCAUAUAUUAACAGGGUAUAUAUCUACCCAGUGGCAAGAUCUUGUACUUGUUUUGCUUGCACAUCCCAAGGUUGACAUAUUUAUGGAUGCUGCUUUUGAUGCUGUGCGCAUUGACAUUAAUUUUCUUCAGGACAAGCUGUCAGCACUUAACAAUGAUAUUGCAAAAUACAGCCCUUCAGUCGCCGAAAAAAUGGCUCACAGUCUCUGUCAGCAAUGUGUGGCUUCGUUACAAUUUCUUCAUUCUUUGUGUCAGCAAAUUUUGUUCCGUGAACGUGUACUUAAGAACAAGGAACUGUGUAAGAAUGGAGGAAUUCUCCAGCUGGCUCGAGCAGUCCUGAGAUUAGAUAUACCACCACAUUUUAGAGAUUCCUCCAAAGUUGUGGCUGCCAUAUCGAGACUGAAAUCUAAAGUUCUCUCAAUUUUGUUGCAACUAUGCGAAACAGAAAACAUUUCUUACCUUGAUGAGGUUGCCAGCUCUGAAAAGAGCAUGCAAUUGGCACAAUAUGUCGUUCUACAGGUUCUCGACUUACUUAAAGCUUCUUUUGGAAGAAAGGUGAAACAGCUUAAUGAUUGGAAGGGGGAUGAUUACCCAAGGGGUCAUGUACUUCUCAAUUUGCUGCGUAUGACUGACAUCCUCUCUGAUGAUUCAAACUUCCGAAAAUUCAUAACUACAAGAAUUACCCAUGUCUUGGCGGAGGUUUUAUCACGGCCUCAAGAAGAGUUCGCCCAUUGUUGGUGCUCUAAUAAUCUUCGUUUGGCAGAAGAAGAAGAUGCUACUCUUGAGUAUGAUCCAUUUGUGGCAGCUGGAGCGGUUCUAGUUUCAAUCACGAUCGGGUGUGGGACAUCUAUCCAACUGAAUGAUACAAAGACAGAAUGCAAUUUCAAUGUCAUCAGUGUACCACAGGUUUCCUAUGCGCAGCACAAAACUUCAUUAUUGGUCAAAAUAAUUGCAAAUCUUCAUUGUUUCGUUCCUAAUGUCUGUGAGGAGCAAGAUAGGAACUUAUUCUUUGAAAAAUUUCUGGAAUGCUUGCAAAUGGAGCUACAUAAAUCACCAGCCAGAAAUUCAUCAACUCUUGAUACCCAAAAAGCUCGAACAGUUUGUAGGAACCUUUAUGUCUUGUUGGAUCACUCAGCAUCUUUAAUCCCUAAUUUCUUGGAUGAGGAGGAUAAAAAUCUCUUAAGUGAAUUUUUUGAACAAUUAGAAUCACUAUAUUUGACUUCACAAGAAUCACAACUUAAAGCAACUAUUGAUGAGGAAAACCAAUCUGCAAACCCUGUUAAUGAAAGUGGUGACUUAGAGUUAGACAUCUCUAAACUAUGCAAGGCAGCUUGGAACAAGAAGAAAGGUAUGACUAGUAGGAAUGUGCCCGAGUCUUUGAAAGAGAUUGACAAGGAUAUGCGUAGUGCUGAAACGAGUGGGUCAGAUGGUAGUUCCGGCAGAGGGAAGGAUUCUCUGGAUCAGAUGGAUAGUGGUGUUAUCUCAAAAUCAGCUAAGCAUAAUAAAGCAAGUGGCUUAAGAAGAGUUGAAGAAAGCGGAAGGAGCGAACUUCCAAGUUAUGGAAAUGGAGAAUCAGAAAUCAGUAGACUAGUUAAGGAAGCUUGGAGCAAAAAGAGCAAAUGUACAACUAGUAAGACUUUACCGGAGUCUUUAAAAGACAACGACAAGGAUAUGCGCAGUGUUGAAACAAGUGGCUCAGAUGAUAGUUCCAGCAGAGAGAAGGAUCCUCCGGAUCAGAUGAAUAGCGGUGAUGUCUCAAAAUCGUCUGAGCAUAAUGGAGGUAGUGGGGUAAGAAAAAUAAGGAAAAGAAGGAAUGAAUCGCCAAAUUCUAGAGAAAAAAGUGGUAAAAGAAAGAGAAACGUCAUGAAUGAGAAACAGAUUGCAUUGAUAGAGAGUGCUCUAGUGGGUGAGCCAGAAAUGCAGCGAAAUGCUCCCAUGUUGCAGUCCUUGUCAGACAAAUUAAGUGCGCUUGGAUCUGAGAUAACAUCUUCACAGCUAAAGAACUGGGUGAACAACAGAAAAGCCAGGCUACUCAGAAUAUCCAAGGAAGCGCAACCACCAUCUGACAUGAACUCUGAUCAGAACAACACCUUUGAAGGCAAUUUAGGAAGAAUGUAUGAUUCACCUCCUGACAGUCCCAGAGAACAGGGUUACCUUAUAAGAGGAGGAAGUAACCAAACGACACCAAAAUCUGGAGUAACAUUGGGAAAAACGAAAACAGGCGAGGAGGCGCAACCACCAACCAACAGUACAGCAACACCAUCAGCUCAUCAAAGCAUGCAGCAGCAACCAAACUCCACGUGGUUGAGAUUAGUGCGACUUGAAACAGGUCAGAACGUAGUAUUAAAAGACGAGAAAAGUAAAGAAGUAGGCAGAGGAAGACUUCAUCAGGUGGAAGGUAGAUGGAAUGAGCUGAGUUUGGAAGAAUCAAAAACUUUUGUCGUGGACGUUUUCCAACUUAACGUAGACAGGCAGACACUUCUACCACACCCUUCGGAGAAGGCUGGAUCUACAUUCAGUGAAGCUGAAACUAAGAAUGGAGUGAUGAGAGUAGCUUGGGAUAGAUCGAGCACUCUAUUAUUACUAAAUAAUGACAAGGUUCCUAACUCGGAAAAGUAGUCUAGUAUUAGCUAUUUUUUUCUUGUACAUCGAGAUCUCAAUUGUACUUCUUUUACUUGAAAGAAACCCAGAGUUUUCCUAGUUUUGGUAUGGAAAAAGUAUGUAAAAGUUCACCGGAAGAUUCAAGUAAAAACUAUUUACUGCAUGAAUCUUGUAGACUGGACUAUUUACCGUGGACCCUUUUUAUUUUAAGAAGGUGAGCUGCCUAUAAGCAC